GAAUAUUUGGCAUCAUGUGGUAUGUGGCGUGGUUUGUUUUUGCGUUCGAAUCUCCAUCAGUUCAUCCUACCAUAACAUAUGACGAACGUUCCUACAUUGAGCUGACCGCCGUUAAUAUGGAUGAGGUAUCUCAUGGUACCGUUCCUUGGAAAUCGAUAUUGACCUCGGGCCCUGUUUGGGCCAUCAUCAUAGCGGCGUUUGCUUCUGAUUGGGGCUUAUAUGUGUUACUUAUUUGUGUUCCACUUUUUUUGAUGGACAUCUUACACUACGAAGUUGCAGCGGUGCAGUUACCGCUGGGCUGUUUAUUCUAAUAGCAGGCUAUUUCAAUAAUCCUGAUGCUGUCAUUGGUUGCAUGUGCGUUGCCGGAGCAUCCCUUGGAUUGGUGUAUGCGGGCUUCCAAGUUAACAUGUUAGAUAUAGCGCCAAGAAACGCAUCUGUCGUCAUGGGCAUCGUUAACGCAGCCAGUAACACCGCGGGCUUUCUCAGUCCCAUGUUGGUUGGGUUCAUAACUCAUCACAAGACCGCGGGGGAAUGGAGGACAGUUUUCUGGAUAACAUUUCUUAUGUAUGUCAUUGGAUCUAUUGCUUUCAUGGAGCUAAUGACGGCUGACAGACAAAAAUGGGACAAAGUUGAAGGUCUUUCGAGAGAACCCAGUUUAGACGUCGCCAUUACACCAAGAUAGAUUUCUAUUUUAUUACUAUAGAUCUUCUAUACAGCUAAAGAAAGAUAAGAUUUAGAACAUUCCCAUAAAUCGAAACAGGGUUUGAUAUUUUUAUGUAAAUGUUUUUAUAGAUGUGUGUAUUUUUAAAAGCUACGAAAGUAUCCAAACUUCGGCACAAAAAUGAUAGGUUACAGAUUCAAAAUACGGAUCAAUACAAUACGAUACAACACGAUAUUCUUUAUUUAACGAAGGUGACGUAAUUAACCCAAUGAGUUAUCUAACUUACGGC